UAUAUUUAAGACACAGCUUUAGAUGCAGGUAUUUUGUGCUAGGAAAUUGUAAGAGGGAUUUUCUUAAAAAUAACUUACAGGAAAUAACAUUUUUUGCUCAGAGAAGAAAGAGAUUCACAUCAUGAUUGCAGUACGCUGUAUAUUAUUUCUUUUCUUCAUUCAGUUUUCUACUACAUUAGACAGUGGAAUAUUUUCAAUAUUUAAUGAAGACCACAAGAAAUGUUUAUUUGGAACAGAAUAUAAUGGUGUUGAAGCUGGCCCAUGUGACCCAACUAAUGCAAACCAACAAUUUAGAUGGAUCUCAGAGGAGAGACUACUCAAUGUUGCAUAUAAUCAGUGCCUUGGAGCUCUUAAUAACUCAAACUGGGUUCCAAUCAAACUCCAGCCUUGUAAUGCAAAAAAUGAACUUCAGAAAUGGGAAUGCAGAAAUGACACUUUGUUUGCACUCAAAGGAGUAAACCUCUAUUUGAACUAUGGAAACAAGAAUGAGAAAAAUGUAAUGCUUUAUAAUAAGUCCGGAUCAUGGAGCAGAUGGAAAGUGUUUAAAUCCCAGGAUGAUUUAUGUUCACGUGGAUAUGAAGCUAUGUUUACCUUGAAAGGAAACUCAUAUGGACAGCCCUGUGUAUUUCCUUUUAUAUAUCAAAACAAGUGGUAUGCAGACUGCACAACAGAUGGCAGACAUAAUGACAUCAGCUGGUGUGCCACCACAGAAAAUUAUGACAAAGACCAGAAGUAUGGAUUUUGUCCAGUAAAAUCCACCAGUAAAUGUGAUUCACACUGGCACACUGAUCCACUGACUGGAGUGUGUUAUGAGAUGAACUGGGAAUCAGCACUGACAUGGUAUGAAGCAAGAAUUAGUUGUCAGCAACAAAAUGCAGAGCUACUGAGCGUGACAGAACUCACUGAGCAAAUGUAUAUUACAGGGUUAACUUCUGAAAAAAGUUCACCAAUGUGGAUUGGAUUAAACAGCUUGGACUUUUCCAGUGGUUGGCAGUGGAGUGACAGAGGACCAUUCCGAUACCUUAACUGGGCUCCAGGUCAUCCCUCUAACCAGCCAGGAAAGAACUGUGUCACUUUACAUCCUGGAAAAUAUUCAAAGUGGGAGAAUACAGAAUGUGGUCAUAAACUUGGAUAUAUUUGUAAGAAAGGAAAUAGCACAAAAAAUCCUUACCUUACUCCAAUUGAAACUGAAGAUGAAACCAGAUGUCCUGAGGGUUGGGUCCCCUUUGCUGGUUAUUGCUAUUCGAUCAAGAGAGACCAGAAAAUGUGGAGCGAAGCCUUGGUUUCAUGCCGGAAAGAAGAAGCUGACCUAGCCAGUGUCCAUAACAUAGAGGAAUACAGUUUUAUUAUUUCUCGGCUUGGAUAUUUGCCUACAGAUACUCUUUGGAUUGGUCUAAAUGAUCAAGAACACCAAAUGUUUUUUAAAUGGAGUGAUACCACACCUGUAACAUUCACCAAAUGGAAAAGGGGAGAACCAAGUUACUGGCAAAACAGAGUGGAGGACUGUGUACAUAUUGAAGGAAAGGAUGGUUAUUGGUCUGAUGAUACAUGUGAAAAUAAAUAUGGCUAUAUCUGCAAAAGGAAAUCAUUACCACCAACUCAGGAGGGUGUGAAGAUCAUUGAAGAAGGCUGCAAAAGUGGAUGGAAGAGGAACAGUAUAUAUUGUUACUAUCUUGGGUCCACUGCUAUAACGUUUGACGAAGCAAACAAAACAUGCAGCAGCCAAGAUGCUUAUCUGGUUACUGUGGAGAACAGAUUUGAGCAGGCUUUCCUAACAAGUUUGAUUGGUCUGAGACCUGAAAAAUAUUUUUGGAUUGGUCUUUCUGACACACAACAAAAGCAAACAUUUGCAUGGACUAUCAAUGAAACCAUGACAUUCACUCACUGGAAUGAGAAUAUGCCAGGGAGACACUCUGGCUGUGUGGCUAUGAGAUCUGGGCUUUUUGCUGGAUUAUGGGAUGUAAUUAGAUGUGAGGAAAAGUCAAAAUACAUCUGCAAAUCUCUGGCAGAAGGAGUUACAAAACCUGUACAACCAACACCAUCAGCAGCUGCAAAGUGUCCAGAUGAUUGGGUUACAGUCAAAAACUCGAAUCACUGCUACAAACAUUUCUGCAAUGAAAAGGAGGAUCAGAAAACAUGGUUCGAAGCUUUAGAUUUCUGUAGGGCCAUAGGAGGAGAUCUGGCCAGCUUCCACAAGCCUGAUGAAGUGACGGUAACAACAAGAACCAUUAGCUCAUCUUGCUAUUAUUCUCAUCGAUACUGGAUCGGUCUCAAUUUAAUAAACCCGUCGGAAGGUUUUGCAUGGAGUGACAAUUCACCUGUGAUCUUUACUGAAUGGGCUUAUGGAGAACCAAAUAACUUGAAUGGAGUUGAGCUUUGUGUAGAGUUCAAACCACUAAUAACUUCAUUCUGGAAGGACAAAAACUGUGAAUUAUACAAUGACUGGAUCUGUCAACUUCGAAAAGGAGAUAAAUUGAUGCCAGCUCCAACAAUGCUGCCAGUGCCAGAUUAUAAUAAAACUCAAGAUGGAUGGAUUAUAUAUAACGGAUCAGAUUACUACUUUAGUAAAAAUGAGGUUCCCAUGGAAGAAGCCAGGGCUUUUUGCAAGAAGAACUUUGGAGAUCUAGCAGUGGUUAACAGUAACAGUGAAAGACACUUUUUGUGGAAACAGAUUAUUCGCACAGAAAGUCAAUUCUAUUACAUCGGUUUAUUUUUGGGACUGGACAAAAAAUUCAGAUGGAUGGAUGGAUCUCCAGUAAAUUUUGUCGCAUGGAAUGUAAAUGAACCAACUUUUGCAAAUAGUGAUGAGAACUGUGUUGCUAUUCAUAAAGAAAGCGGGUUUUGGGAUGAUCUGAACUGUGGUAUUCCAGCUGCUUUUAUAUGUGAAAGAUAUAGUCAUUUCAUCAAUACAACAACACCAACCAUAAUUCCACCAUUGGCAGGAGGAUGCCCUAGUGAAUGGCUUCAGUUUGACAAUAAGUGCUAUAAAAUCUUUGGAGCCAAAAUAGAAGAACAGGUUUCCUGGCAUGCAGCAAGGAAUGAAUGCCUGCAUCUUGGAGGAAACUUGGCAUCUAUCAAGAAUGAAAAGCAACAAACUUUUCUUACACUGAAGUUAAAGGACAUGAAGGUCAAUGUCUGGAUUGGCUUGAAUGAUAUCAACAAUGAAGGACAGUUUCUCUGGACGGAUGGUCAAGGAGUAUACUACACAAACUGGGCCAAAGGAUUCCCCACGUGGUAUGACUGUGUUGCAAUACAUACUGGUAUCAGAGGAGAAGUCGGAGCCUGGGAAGAUUAUUUAUGUACUCUCUCUAGAGGUUAUAUAUGCCAGAGAUCACCAGAUCCAAGCUUGCCACAACAAUCAACAGAAGUUCCAGCUGGGGAGUUCCUUAAGUUUGAGAACAUCAGCUACACAAUUGUGCAGAACAAAAUGACAUGGGAAGAUGCCCAAGCUAAUUGUGUAGCUAAAAGUGCCAACCUUGCCAGCAUUUUAAAUGUUUACGAACAAUCAUUUUUAUGGCUGCAAAUUAUUAAGUACGGAGAGCCUGUCUGGAUAGGACUGAACAGUAACAAGACUGGAGGACAGUAUAAAUGGAUUAACAACUGGAAAUUGCGAUAUACAAAGUGGGGAUCAUCAGAACCGGACAUCAAUAUAGCCUGUGUGUACUUGGAUCUAGAUGGAUUUUGGAAGACAGCAUCAUGUGACAAGAAUUAUUACUCAGUUUGCAAGACGUCAGAUGGAACACUUUCACAGUAA